AUGUCAGGUUGGGAGUCUUAUUACAAAAACGAGGGCGAUGAAGAACAAGAAGAGGGCCUUGAAGCAGGUGGAGAAUAUACACACUUGGGAAGAGAUAGUUUAAUUUUUUUGGUUGAUGGUUCUAGGGCCAAGUUUGAAUCUCAGGGUGAAGUUGAACUGACUCCUUUUGACAUGAGCAUCCAGUGUAUCCAGAGUAUAUAUACCAAUAAGAUCAUAAGCAGCGAUCAAGAUCUCUUGGCAGUGGUGUUCUAUGGUACUGAGAAGGAUAAAAAUUCAGUGAAUUUUAAAAAUAUUUACAUCUUACAAGAGUUGGAUAAUCCAGGUGCUAAACGAGUGCUUGAGCUUGACCAGUUUAAAGGGGAGCAGGGGAAAAAACAUUUCCAAGACCUAAUUGGCCAUGGAUCUGACUACCCACUACAUGAAGUGCUAUGGGUCUGUGCCAACCUCUUCAGCGAUGUCCAGGUCAAGAUGAGCCAUAAGAGGAUCAUGCUGUUCACCAAUGAAGAUGACCCCUAUGGCAAUGACAGUGCUAAAGCCAGCCGGGCCAGGACCAAAGCUGGGGCUCUCCGUGACAGAGGUAUCUUCCUGGACUUCAUGCACCUGAGGAAAUGUGGGGGCUUUGACAUAUCCUUGUUUUACCAAGAUAUCAUCAGCACAGCCAAGGAUGAGGACCUAGGGGUUCACUUUGAGGAAUCCAGCAAAUUGGAAGACCUGUUGAGGAAGGUUCAUGCCAAGGAGACCAAGAAGUGCGUGCUCUGCAGGUUGAAGCUUAAGCUUAGCAAAGAUAUAGCACUCACUGUCGGCAUGUAUAACAUGGUCCAGAAGGCCGUCAAACCUCCUCCUGUGAGGCUUUAUUGGGAAAUCAAUGAACCAGUGAAAUCCAAGACCCAGACAUUUAAUGUAAAUACGGGCAGUUUGCUUCUGCCUAGCGACACCAAGAGGUCUCAGAACUAUGGGAGUCAUCAGAUUGUGCUAGAGAAAGAGCUGAAAUGCUUUGAUGAACCAGGUGUGAUUCUCAUCGGUUUCAAGCCCUUGAUAUUGCUGAAGAAGCACCAUUACCUGAGGCCCUCCCUGUUCGUGUACCCCGAAGAGUCCCUGGUGAAUGGGAGCUCAACCCUGUUCAGUGCUCUCCUCACCAAGUGUCUGGAGAAGGAGGUCAUGGCAGUGUGCAGAUACACCCCCUGUUGGAACAUCCCUCCUUAUUUUGUGGCCUUGUUGCCACAGGAAGAGGAACUAGAUGAGCAGAAAAUUCAGGUGACUCCCCCAGGCUUUCAGCUUGUCUUCUUACCCUAAGCUGAUGAUAAACAGAAGGUGCCCUUUACCGAAAAAGUCGUGGCGAACCCAGAGCAGAUAGACAAGAAGAAAGUUGUCGUUCAGAAGCUCCGUUUCAACUACAGAAGUGACAGCUUCGAGAACCCAGUGCUGCAGCAACACUUCAGGAACCUGGAGGCGCUGGCUUUGGAUUUCAUGGAGCCCGAGAAAGCGGUGGAUCUGACACAUGAUGAAGGUUCUGGAAGCAAAAGGCCCAAGAUGGAGUUAUCUGAGGAGGAUCUGAAGGCGCAUGUGAGCAAGGGCACUCUGGGUAAGCUCACUGUGCCCAUGCUGAAGGAAGCCUGCAGGUAUGGGCUGAGGGGUGGGUUGAAGAAGCAGGAGCUGCUGGACACGCUCACUAAGCACUUCCAGAACUGA